AUGGUGAAGAUGGCAGAAGGCGAGCGAAGAGACGAAAACGUCGCAGUUGCGAUCGAUCGAGACAAAGGAAGUCAGGCUGCAUUGAAAUGGGCUGUUGAUAAUCUCCUGAUACCAGGAGAGACUCUUACUCUUAUUCAUGUUAGAGUCAAGCAAACUCAUGCUCAUAAUGGAACCCACCCAAAUAAGUGUGGAGAUGAGGUUAAAGAAUUGUUUCUUCCAUUCCGAUGUUUCUGCACUAGAAAAGACAUAAAAUGUGAAGAUGUUGUAUUGGAGGACGUUGAUGCUGCUAAAGGAAUCAUAGAGUAUGUGCGAGAGAAUGCGAUUGAUAUUCUAGUACUCGGCGCAUCUAAGAUGACUCUUUUAAAACGGUUUAAAGCGGUAGAUGUUACGAGCUCAGUGAUGAAAGGAGCACCCAAUUUCUGUACAGUUUAUUCAAUCUCUAGAGGCAAAAUAUCGUCCGUUAGGUCAGCAACGUCUUCACCUCCUCCACUUUGCACAAUACGUCCACAAUUACCAGGUCGGUCGAGCAACGCCAGCAGCAGCAAAAACUCCAUUCCCAAAGCUGAGAGAAGGCGGCAUCAAUUGGUUCAAAGUACACAGGACGAGAUCGAAAUCAAGUAUCCAUAUUUGAGAAAAGGAACGUAUCAAGCCUCAGUGACAGACUCCGAUUUAUCGAUUGUGAGUAGUGAUAGGCCAAGCAUGGAUUGGAUGUUACCAACACCUCGUCUCUCGGUUAGUUCGGAGUUUGAAGACAACCGAUGCAGCUUUGCUACAUCCUCAUGCUCAUCAGAGAAGCAGUCCAUAGACUUGGGUUCUACCUAUUCUGCAUUCUCCUCGAGCUCACAAGAAAGUGGGAGACUCUCCUCAUUGUCAAUAUAUAGAAAGGAAGACGUCGAAGGUGAGAUGAGAAGGCUAAAACUAGAGCUCAAGUAUACAAUGGACAUGUACAACACUGCAUGUAAAGAAGCAAUUGCAGCCAAGAAAAUGACUACUGAGUUACACAAAUGGAAUCUAGAAAGGGAACAGAAACUAGAAGAAGCAAGACUUGCCAAGGAAUCAGCAAUGGCAAUGGCAGAGAAUGAGAAAGCAAAGAGUAGAGCAGCUAUGGAAGCAUUAGCGACUGCUAACAAAACGGCAGAAAUUGAAGCUCAAAAGAGAAAGCAAAUCGAAACGGCAGCUCUGAGAGAAGUAGAGGAUAACAAUAAAGCAAUGCACUCUCUAAAUGAAUGUGAUAAAAUGUAUAGAAAAUACACAAUUGAGGAGAUUGAAGAGGCAACAGAAAAUUUCUCAAGUAGUCGCAAGAUUGGAGAAGGUGGUUAUGGACCUGUGUUUAAAGGUACUUUAGAUUACACACAUAUGGCUAUAAAAGUUGUGAGACCGGAUGCAAAACAAGGAAGAUCACAAUUCCAACAAGAAGUGGACGUUCUGACUAGCAUAAGACAUCCAAAUAUGGUUCUGUUACUUGGAGCUUGUGCAGAAUAUGGUUGUUUAGUCUAUGAAUACAUGGCCAACGGUAGCCUAGAAGAUCGUCUCCUUAGACGAGGAAACUCUCCAGUUCUUUCAUGGCAGCUAAGAUUCCGUAUUGCAGCUGAAAUCGCCACUAGUCUUAAUUUCCUCCACCAGUUAAAACCAGAGCCAUUGGUACACCGUGACUUGAAACCAGCCAACAUAUUGCUUGACCAGCACAUGGUCAGCAAGAUCUCUGACGUUGGAUUGGCUAGGCUUGUCCCUCCUUCGGUUAAUGACAUUGCAACACAAUACAGAAUAACGUCAGCUGCUGGGACCCUGUGUUACAUUGAUCCAGAAUACCAACAAACGGGUAUGCUUGGAACCAAAUCGGACAUAUACUCAUUCGGGAUAAUGCUUUUGCAAAUACUUACGGCCAAGCCACCAAUGAGCUUAACAAGUCAGGUCGAGAAAGCAAUUGAGGAAAGAACUUUUGCUGAGAUACUCGACCCUGCUGUUCCUGACUGGCCUCUUCCAGAGACCUUAAUAUUAGCAAAAAUUGGUCUGCAAUGCGCAUCGUUAAGUCGUAAAGACAGACCUAAUCUAGGAAAGGAUGUGUUGCCCGAGAUUAAAAGGCUUAUGGACUUAGCAGAAGAAAGCAUGCAUCCUUCACCCAAAAGCAGUCAUGAUAACAGCCAUAUCGACAAUCUAUCAUCAAUCCAAGUAAAUGCGUCAAAGAAAGUACUUUAGAUUGUAAGCAUGUCUUGAUUACUAAACUAUCUUCCUUUUUGUCUUCUUUCGGCGUUCAGGAGAUAAUAAGCAAUCCAUCUCUCAACAAACCUGGAUAUGAUGAGAGAUGCAAUAAAAACUAGCACACCGUCUUGAGGAGGAAUAAUUAAA